CACGCAUAUCUGUGAUCCAUCGACAGACGACAGCUCGUCCUACUCCUGGGCUUGCUCCGUUGCUCGAAGGGUGGCAUUGGGCGCAGCGAAGCAUCGGCGCGCUUCAGCCGAUCAGCUUCCUCCUCCUCCUUGAUCGGCGCGCUUCAGAUCCGAGCAAAUCGAGAUGGCGAGGGCGGGAGGGAUGACCAACGCGGUGAACGUAGGGAUCGCUGUCCAGGCCGACUGGGAGAACCGCGAAUUCAUCUCCAAUAUCUCGCUAAACGUUCGCCGACUCUUUGACUUCCUCCUGCAGUUCGAGGCUACAACAAAGAGCAAAUUGGCUGCUUUGAAUGAGAAGCUGGAUAUCUUAGAGCGCAAAUUGGAAGUUCUUGAGGUGCAAGUGAGCAGUGCAACUACGAACCCCUCCGUUUUCACCUGAAAACUGUUCUCCAGGUCCAUUGUUAGUGGAUCACCGAUCUCUAAAGUUAUGUCACUGUACACAAUCUCAUGUUUGUCACUUGUACACCAUGGCAACCUACGUCUUUGCCACAUUUUGGCAUAUGGAGUAUUUUUUUUUUUUUUUUGUUUCCAGUAGACCCCCUUUGUUUCUCUAAAAUCAUUUUUACCGAAAUUUUAUGGUUUACAUGCCAUUAGUUGUUAAUCGAUCUCACCUAAUCGGGUAACUAUAUUGCUGUAUAUGUCAUUUGAUUUUGGUCA